AUGGACGCCGGGCCAGCACAGAACGUGCAGGCCAGCGACGACGUCUCAAAAGCUGCGGCGGCCACAUCGUCGCGCAGCGCCAACGCACGACGCUGCUGCGCUCCCGACGGCCAAGAGAAUGGUCAGGAGCCAAACUCGACGGGAUUCGUCAGCGAUGCACGGCUGGCCUCGCUCAGCGGCAGCGUUACGCGCGAUGUCCCUCUCUCGGACCAGAUACGCUUACGCUCGGACCGCUCGCCGGAUCAAGACAACGCCGGCGGGCAUGCUACGCCGAGCACUGACCCCCCGCCGCCGCUCGCGUCCCGCGGGGCGCUGAGCGCCGUCAGCCGUGCGCCAGGAAGCGGGCGUGGCGGCGGCGGCGCCUUCCAGUCGCCGCCAGAGUCGGUCAAGCCCUCCGAGUCGCUCAUGGGCAUGGCACAGGUGAAGUGCCCUCUGUGCUUCCAGUACUUCCACCCCGACGUGAUCGAAGGGCAUGCCGCCACCUGCGGAGACCCCCCGCCGCCGCCUACCAACUCGCCCUUCCCGACCGAGCCGCGACGCAUCGCCGACGCGCCGCCGCCGCGUCACGCCGAGAAGCAGCCCGACCAGCUCUUUCACAAAUGGGUCGACAUGCUCGAGAUCAUCGAAACCUUGCAGCGCGCCGUCGUCACCGUCCACAAGCCGGACGAGAAUAUACUCCAAGCCAGGCUCACAGCGAAAGUGCGCAACUUUCGGGUGCGGGUGCCGUGGAUCCGCGAGAAGCUCGGCCUCCCGCCGCCGCACCAGCCGUACCUGCUCGCCAUCAAAGAGGCGAGCGAGAAGGCGGGCCUCGCCUCCACCACCGCCGGGCUGCUGGUUCAAUGCGACCGGCUCGAGGAGGCGCUGCGCCUCUGCGACGAGAUUUGGCGCGACGGCCUGCAGCUGCCCUCCGAUGGCACGACCCUGCCCAAGCAAGUCGAGGUGAUCUGCACGGCGCUCUCCCUCCCGCGGCGGGGCCUGCUCGAUACGCUGACCGAGGCGCACAAGCGGAUGUUUGAGGACGAGGCGACGGAGCCCGGGGCGGCGCCAUUCCAGGCGGCGCUCCCCGAGAAGGUGGCGCAGAUCGCAAACGUGCUCGGCACCGACUCGCUGCCCGUCGGGGGGAGCCUCGUCGACACGCUACACGCCGCCAACGAGAUGGUGGGCCUGCAGGGCGAGGGAGGGCUGGUCGAGCAGGCCGACCGGCUGCUGGAGAUGAUGCUGCGUCCGCUGACACAGCAGGCGGCGUCGCCCUCCUGCUCGCCGCUCACCAAGGCCGGCAAGACCAGCGUCAAGACCAGCGUCAAGACCGGCGAGCCGUCGCGGCUGUUCAAGGCGGACCGUGGGCGGCUCGUGCUCGAGCGGACUGACCAGCUCUCCGCCAAGGCCGUGGCAGCGGCGAGCGGCGAGAGUGCGGGGCCACCUUCGCCCUCGUCGCUCUCGGCCAGGAAGUCCAGCUCCAAGCCCACGCCGCCACCCGAGCCGGUGCCCUUCAGCAUCGCCCCGCAGUGGGCGUCCUCGUUGCCGGCGGGCAAGACGGCCAAGGACAAGCCGGAGCCGGCCCAGGUGCAGCGGUCGGCCGCCCCCGUCAGUGCCCCUCUCCUGUCGGAGGCAGAGAUGAAGCCUCGGGUGGCCCGCUGCGAGGAGUCCCUCGGCAUCGAGCCCGCGGAUACGGCCACCCUCGCGCAGCGGAUCGGCAAGCUGGAGCGCAGCCUCGGCCUGGCGAGCAGUGCGAGCGACGGCACCCUCGAGGAGCGGCUCGUCGCCAUCGAGAGGGUGGGUCUGCCGCUCAGCCGCAUCGCCAACUCGGCCGCCUUCUCGCCGUCCGAGGGCAGCGAGAUCAAGAAGCAGCUCGUGGCGUUCGAGGCGAUGCUGCACGACGGCGCGCUGCGGCUGCGGCCAGGCCCCGAGGCGGAGCCGAGGGGCGUUCUGCGGCUGCUGACGGCCGCCUCAAAGGCCACCGCAAAGGCGGCCAAGGCAAAGCCGCCCCACGACAGCAAGCCUGCUCAAGACGAUGCGGCGCUGAGGCAGGCGCGCCGGAUGAACGACGCCAACGCGCGCCACGCGGCGGGCCUGCUGCUCGCGAGGAAGAUGGGGCGGGGCCACCUGUCAGAGCUGGGCGCACUCUCGAAGGGCGUGGGCGAGGCCGCCAUCGCCUCCCACUACGAGGACCUGCCCUUCCGGGCGAUGGAGGUGCUGUUUGAGCAGGCCGCGGUGAGCCCGAACGCGUGCCUGCGCGGGCUGCCCGAGGACGUGCUCCGCCUCUGUGAGCCGCACGUCGAGCGCGUCGGAGGCCUCUCCCACUCCGAUGCUCUGAUCGGGCUCGGCGUCUGCGUGCGGGCCGGCCGCGUCGACCUCCUCAACGCCCUCUUGGCGAUGCCCCUCACGGCGGGAUCGCACCAGGCACGCUCUGAGCUGGUCCGGCGAUGCGAACGCGACCUCGGUGUCGCGGCAGAGGCGACCCCCACCGAAGACGGCAGCGACGCUUUCCUCCUGACCUUCACUGGUACGACCGAGCCGCACAAGACGGCCGGCGCGCUGCGCGAGAUCUACGGGAGCGUGAGUGCGCCAGUGCGGUGCGAGGUGGAGGAGGAGAAGCGCCUCACGACGAUGACGUUGUCGAGCAAGGAGGUGGCCACCGCCUACCUCCAGAGGAGGGACAAGGACGAGGCGCGGACGGGGAAGCAGAAGGCGACGCAGGCAAUGAAAGCGGAGCUCGAGAAGACGGAGGCUGAGGCGCGCUGA